AUGGGUGAUCUAUUGGAUCGUGAUUUGAUAAGCAAUCUGCCUCAGAGCAUUAUAGAGAGCAUUCUCACGCGUCUCCCAAUUAGAGAUGCCAUAAGAACUAGCUGCUUAUCAACGAAAUGGAGAUACAAAUGGACUACACUCACCCAUCUUGCAUUCGACGAAAAAUGUGUCACUCUAUCUAAUGACCGAACUCUUGUCGAAAGAAGCCUUGUAGACUUUAUCACUCGGGCUCUCUUUCUUCACCAAGGACCCGUUCACAAGUUCCAGCUUUCUACUUCCUACUUGCAGAGCUGCCCAGAUAUCGAUCAAUGGAUACUUUUCCUUUCAAGGAAUGACAUAAAAGAAUUGGUUCUUGAAUUGGGAGAAGGCGAGUGGUUUAGGGUGCCCUCAUGCCUUUUUUAUUGUAAAAAGUUGACCCGUUUGGAGCUAUUUCGAUGUGAGUUGGAUCCACCUCCUGCUUUUAAGGGAUUUUUGUGUUUGAAGAGCCUCAAUCUUCAUCAAGUUUCGGUUGCUCCAGAUGCAAUUGAAAGUCUUAUUUCUAGUUGCCCUCUACUUGAGAGUCUGGCUUUGUCAUACUUCGAUAGCUUAGCUCUAAAUAUUCGUGCCCCAAAUCUCAAGUACUUAUGUCUUGAAGGUGAAUUUAGGGACAUAUGUCUUGAAAAUACCCCACUUUUGGUUGCCAUAUCUGUUGCUAUGUAUAUGACUGAUGAUAUUGCCGAGCACUUUGAGCAAAGUUCAAAUUGCAAUUUUAUCAAGUUUCUUGGUGGCAUACCACGUCUCGAGAGGCUUGUUGGGCAUAUCUACUUUACAAAGUAUUUGAGUAUAGGUAAUGACCAGGGAAUCCUUCCGAUUACUUAUAACCAUUUAAGGAUUAUUGAAUUAUAUCAAGUAAGUUUUGAAGAUAUGAAAGAGAUACUAGUUGUUCUUCGCUUGAUUACGAACUCUCCUAAUUUACAGGAACUUCAAAUCUCGGGUUCCUCAAACACUUUAGCAGCAAUAGAAGCAUCCGAUUUGGAUUUCUGGGAGAAACAAUGCCCUUCCGAUUGCGCAUUCGGAAGACUUAAAGUUGUGAAGAUGACAGAUAUGUCUGGAGUGCCACAUGAGAUGGAAUUCAUCAAGUUUUUGUUGAAGAAAUCACCAGUGCUUGAGACCAUGAGCAUUACGCCGUGUGCAUAUGUUUUAGAUGGACGUUUGAAUAUGCUGAUUGAGUUGGUGAGCUUUAAACGGGCAUCUCCUGAAGCAGAAAUUUUAUUCAUCCAAGAUUAA